AUGGUCGCACGUUUCCCCAGCGAAGCUGCGGCGGCCAACGGCUUCGGCCGCCGCUCGCUCCAUGAACAGGAGUCGUGGCUCCUAUUCGAGGCCAGCAUCCCGGCAACGCCGGACAUGCGCGUCGGGCCGACGGGAUGGAGGCUCAGCAACGGGGGAGAAAUAGAGGAUGAAGACAGGCUCAGCACAUUGACCGACGAUGUUUUACUAUCUAUCUUGGGAAGAGUCGAUACACGUACGGCUGCAAGGACAAGUGCGCUCUCCACACGGUGGAGGCGUCUGCCUUGGCUGCUGCCUGAGCUCAGCAUCGACGUCAAGGACUUCCUAUCUUCCCCACACCUGAAACCUAUCAAGACGAAGGAUAUGGAGGAAGCAAUGGCAUCUCUAGCGAAAGCCACCAGGAGUUUCUUGCUUUGGAUGCAACCUGAAAUGAAGCAACUUUGCCCGGCUUUCAACAAGCUAAGGAAGUUGUUUGUGCGUGGUAUCUUUGUUGAAUUUGACAUUUUAUGGACGAUGGCCUUUCUUGCAGCGGCACCAUCUAUCGAGAUGUUACAUAUCGAGGUAUGGGACCAUGUAUGCGAUGUGGGUGAAGUGGAAGAUGAUUAUAGACGACAGAACAACACUGAAAGAAGGACUCCUCAAUGGGAAGUGGACUUUAACGACACAAAGAAUUGGAUUUUGAAAGAGCUAGAAUUCAUCGGCUUCAGGUCACUAGAACAACAAUUUACAUUCAUAAGAUCUGUGUUGCAGCGGUCUCCCAACUUGCAUAAGAUAGUUCUGAAAAGAGACGACGAAUGUGAUUUAUGUGCUGCUCAUGGUGCACUGCCUUCAAAAUUCCCCAAGAAGGAUGAACAAGAAAUGAUCAUGAGGCGAAUUAGAGAUGGCAUAUUCUCGCCCCAAAUAGUUUUUGAUGAGUAUUCUGAAAGGAGACGAAGAAUGUGACUUAUGGUACAGCGUGCCGCCUUUGAAAUUUGCCAAGAUGGAUGAGGGAGAAAUGGU